AUCUCAAUCUCAUAUCAAUAAGCCUUGAAUGUCCAAGAAACUAGUAGGAAAAUUCACUUUUCUGUCUUUUUUCUUCUCUCUGAAAACCUUUCUCUUACCCCUAUCAUUAUAAAUACUCUUUUAUAGUCUUUCCAGCAUAUCAUAUCAUAUCCCAAAGAAAUAAGACACAGUCCCCAUUUUCUGUUGCUGUUUGUUUCUUUUGCAACUCUUUGGUUUGGCCUUAAAAGAACAUGAAGCAUCAAAGCAAACCCAUCUUUGUUUCAGUUUUUCUAAUCUUCGCAGUUCUGUUUCUCUCCUACUCAGCUUCAGUUUCAGCUCAAGAAGUUGAGGAUGAGAGGGAGUUUGAUUACCUGGAGAACAGUGGGAAAGGACCAAGCCAAUGGGGAGAUCUGAAGAAGGAAUGGGUUGCUUGCAAAAAUGGAGGUCUGCAAUCCCCAAUAGAUAUGUCAAGUCUGAGAGUGAAGGUAGUCAACAAAUCUGGAGAGCUGAAGAAGAGAUAUAAGCCCUGCCAUGCAAUCGUCAAGAACAGAGGCCACGAUAUUUCGCUUCAAUGGCCGAAUUAUGAUGCCGGUUCAAUCAAGACUAAUGGUACCGAAUACUUUCUCCAACAAGCUCACUGGCACUCACCUUCUGAGCAUACCAUUAAUGGCAGAAGGUAUGCCCUGGAGCUACACAUGGUACACCAGUGCAAGGACCCCAAUGUGAAGAACAAUCUAGCUGUUGUUGGACUACUCUACAAGUUUGGUGCACCCGAUGCUUUCCUCUCCAAGCUGAUAGGCAAUAUUACAUCCAUGAAUGAUCAUGUGCAAGAAAGGUACAUGGGGUUGAUUGAUCCAAGCUUGAUCAAGAUGGGUGGCAAGAAGUAUUACAGAUACAUGGGCUCAUUGACAGUCCCUCCCUGCACUGAAGGUGUCAUUUGGACAAUGAACAAGAAGAUAAGAACUGUUUCAAGGGACCAAGUCCGGGCACUCCGAAUAGCUGUUCACGACUAUGCAGAAGCAAAUGCAAGACCUGUGCAACCACUCAAUCGUCGAGAGAUAGAACUUUAUGGCCGGAACCCAGGGGACGUACCUAACUGAUAAGAUCUACAAGUGUAUUGAGAAUGCAGAUUUUUUUCCUUGACCCUAUUCUUUUGGUUGAUAUAUAAAACAAUACUUUCUCAUUCUAAUGUGUUCAUACACCAUUUUGAGGUUACAUGUCA